AAGAGCAAUCAGUGGAUCGUCAGUUUCGGGCCAGCUGUGUUGUGGUCUUGUGAAGUACCGCUGUUUAACGGAGCUUUUAGCUAGUACGCUGCUAAGCGUCCCCGGACAAACAGAUCACCCAUCCAAUUCCGGUUGCUUUUUAAACAUCAAGCAUUGUGAAUAUUGUAGGUCCCUUGGCGAAACACUCGAGCUUCAACAAUCAACCUAUCAAUAAUAUAUUGACAGAAGUGGAACUGUCGAUUAUAUUACAGCAUGAACGUUGCAGGGCAAAUGGUUAAACGGCACCUCUUUCUGAUGUCAUCAUCCGGCGUUCACGGCUACGACUACCUUAUGCAUGCGGAGCAUGAUAUGAGCACUUUUCUGCGCAAGCAUAAAGUUGAGCGGGUGCUUUUUAUUCCGUACGCGCGCACUAACCAUAAAGCGUAUACGAGUACGGUGGCUAAAGUGCUCGCCAAAUGGAACUUUGACUGCGACGGUAUCCACACGUUCCCCGAUCCGGUUCAGGCCGUUCGCGACGCCCAGGCAAUCUUCAUCGGGGGCGGGAAUACGUUUCUGCUGCUAAAGACGCUCUACGAGUAUCAGUUGGUACCAGCGAUACGUGAGCAGGUGCUGCGACACGGCACACCGUACAUGGGCUCCUCGGCCGGGACUAACGUGGCGACACGGAGCAUUCAUACGACCAACGAUAUGCCAAUCGUGUAUCCGCCGACCUUUGAGGCGCUUGGACUGGUGCCGUUCAACAUCAAUCCACACUACCUGGCACCGGUGGAAGGAAGCACGCAUCUCGGUGAGACGCGUGACGAUCGCAUCCUCGAGUUUCACGAGCAUCACGCCGCACCGGUGCUCGGUUUGCCCGAAGGCACCACGCUGUUGGUCGAGGGGGACGUGGCUACAGUUGUGGGCCUUUUCCCGGUUCGUCUGUUCCGACAGCGGCAGGCAUGGCGCCAGUUCCAGCCAGAAAGUGAUGUAAGCUUUCUUCUAGAAUCGCCUUAGAAUUACUCAACUACGCUACGAUACAGCCCGCGGCAAUAUCUUUCCAAAUGGCCUCAAUAUAUUGAAUGAAACCAG